GUUUCUCUUUCUCUCUGGCCUUUUCAUCUUCCUUCUUCCCUCUUCAUUUUCCCUCACUUUGUCUUGCUUUCUCACCUUCCAAACACCUUCCAUAUAUUCGUCCUUAUCUGCGAUAGAUGGAGAUGUCAAUGGAGGAUUUGCGCUCGUAUGAGAUUCUCUCCAUUGUUCUCGACGCGUUUCUCCGAUACGGACGAUCUCCACGAUUACCGAAGAAUUCCAUACCGAUUACGCAACGAAUAUCUAGUCUAACAGCUGCGUUCUAAGGUCCUUACUUCGCUUUGGAAAUUUCUUCAUUGCUUUUUGUUUUUUUUUGUUUUUCGCUGUUUAAGCUCGAAAUUCCAAGAAUAGGAUCAUUGACUCAUUGAUUCUUGGCAUUCGUCGAAUCCUUGCUGUUAGUGUGAUUAUCUUUGUGCAAACUUUGGAUAUAAAAGAAAUUUCGUGUCAAACGAAGGUGUCAGUGUUGGAAAAUUUUCUGGUAUGUAUCUAGGGUUUGGAACAAUUGUCUCUGAAAUCUUGAUCUGGAAGAACUGUAGGAGUUUCAUAUUUUUCAAAUUUCAGAGAAAUUCUUGCUGUAUUUGCGUUUCUAUUGGUUCUUGAAGUUUGUCUGGUGUUGAAUUUUGCGUUUGGCCUUUUGGAGGGAAAUUUCAAAUGGCUGGAAAGUUGGAAUUAGGGCUUCCGAAGACUGGUGCUUCCAAUCUUAGAGAACAAGCGGCGAGAAAGAUACUAAGGACUGUUAGAUCUCAAGGGCAUCCCUAUGUUGAGCUACGUGAAAACGGAAAAAAAUUCAUAUAUUUCUGCACAUUAUGUCUUGCGCCGUGUUACAGUGAUUGUGUUCUGUACCAUCACUUGAAAGGAAAUCUUCAUAAGGAGAGACUAUCUGCUGCUAAGGUUACUCUGCUACUGCCAAAACCGUGGCCUUUUAAUGAUGGUGUUGUUUUCUUUGAUACUUCAACCGAAAAUGAUGAAGACUUGGCAAUUAAAAAGGGUAACCAAAACAGGUUGUUGCAGUUUGGUGACAAUGACAACAAUCUUGAGAUCGUGGAGUUAGCUGAAGUGGUUCAGUCAGAUGUUCAACCUAGUUCGAAUGAUGACAUGCUGGAUGAUGAUGGCACGUUGAUGAUUCCUCAUUUGAUGAUUGGGGAUGAAACUUUUGAUGUAAAAGUUAGGGAGGUGGGCUGGGGGAAGAUUGCUGCAAGGUUCCUUGAGAAGGAUAACACUUUAAAUGGGAUUAGAAGAAUAUGGUGUGAGUGGUUAGGAAAAGAGAAUAAUGGUCAACAAGAUGGUGUUGAGGUUCUAGAGCAUGAUUUUGCGAUAGUAAUUUUCUCUUAUGAUUAUGAUUUGGGUCGGUCAAGAUCGCUUGAUGAAGUCAAGUCAUUGCUCCUGCCUGCUUCUAUGAAAGAACCAGAAAAUGAGAGGAAAAGUGGUCGAAAGAGAAAAACAUCAAUGUCUGACCCUGAGGAUAUUAGUGAGUCUCUGAGCAAUCAGUAUGAUACAUCUACAGAAGAGUCUUCAGCUUUAGACAAUUCCACCUCAAGUUUGACAACAGAUCAAUGCAAUAAUCAGAUUCUUCGCACAAGGCUCAUUUCAAGCAAGGCUGUGAGGAAAGAAUUGAGACGGCAACAGCGCUUAGCAGCAGAGAAAGCGUGUAACAUCUGUCAACAGAAAAUGCUUCCUGGUAAAGAUGUAGCGGCACUUUUGAAUUUGAAGACUAGAAAAGUAGCGUGCUGCAGUCGGAAUGAAACUGGGGCCUUCCAUGUGUUUCACACGUCCUGCCUUAUACACUGGAUACUCUUGUGUGAAUUUGACAUCAUUACAAGUCGUUUAGUUCAUCCAAAUGUUAGACAAGGAGUGAAGAAAAAGGUUGUAGCAGAUGGCAAUAAAACUGGAAAUGAAAAGGGCAUGGAAGUUGCUACUGCACACAUAAAAUCUGUAUUCUGCCCGGAGUGCCAGGGAACUGGUAUGAUUAUUGAUGGAGAUGGCGUGGAACACCCAUCCUUUUUUACUUUGUCUGAGAUGUUCAAAUUCAAAAUAAAGGCAUGUGAUGCACGCAGAGAAUGGAUCAAGAGCCCUGAAGUUAUGCAGAAUUGCUCAAUUGGAUUUCACUUCCCUUCGCAAUCUGAAGAGAUAGUUGAGGAGAAAGUAGAACCCAUAAAAUUGCUGCAUUUUUAUCGUGCUGAUGAUCGAGUGGGGCAUAAGAACUUUGCAAACCUUGCAGAUGAUGAUGAUUGAGUCAGGCAUAAGAACUGUGCUAACCUUGCUGAUGAUUCUCUAAAAUUGUCAUAGACGAUCUUUCACAUUUAGUUUGUUGACUGUUGUACAUCUGAAUACAUUGGUUUUUCAAGAACUAUGUGCAGUUUUUUAGGUAAAGGUAAAGGUAAAGGUAGGUUUGUAGACUGGGUUACAUAACCUGGUAGAUAGUGACCAGAUUAAACAUUGUGUAUACCUGUUGUUAACGAGUGUGUAUUAGUGCACAUUGCUGACAGAUGUGUACAUGGUAUGCAAGUAAGAUCAGAGAUCAUUCUAGAGUUGCAUUAUUGCUCCUUUACUUAUUUUAUUGCUAA